UUAAUUGUCACAAUACAACUUAAUUAAUUAAAUUUUCCAUUAGUUCUCUUCUCACAAAGAAAGAAAAAAAUGUCUAUCAAAUUCAAUCCCAUCCUUGGGAUUCUCUUAGUGAUGGUUGCCACCGUUCUCCUUCACGUCUCCGCCGCACAGGGCGGCAGGAAAGAGGCUUUGGUGGGUGGUUGGAAGCCCAUAACCAACAUAACGGACCCUAAGGUGACGGAGAUAGGAAAAUUUGCAGUGGAUGAGCACAACAAAGAGGCGAAGACAAAAUUGGACUUUCAGAAACUACUGAAAGGAGAAAGCCAAGUUGUUGCAGGAACAAAUUAUCGAUUGGUCAUCACAGCCAAGGAUGGUGAUUCGCUGCAUAACUAUUUGGCUGAGGUGUGGGACAAGCCAUGGGAGAAAUUUAGGAACCUUACUUCCUUUGUAGAAUGUAAACUAGAAAAUGGAGAACAGAAAUGCAGUUUUACUUAAAUUUCGUUGAUAAAGACGUCAGAUCUGAACGAAGCGUCUAAUAUUCAAAAGAAAUCUAAUGUAGUUUAUAGAAGUUAACGAAAGUAAUGAAAAGAAUCUUCUAUUGGUAUGGUA